AUGAACCACGAAAUCCACCAAUGUUCUUGUAAUAGUCCAUCAAUACAGUUCGUCAAUGUGCUCUUCUUCCUGGAACACAAGUCAAGUCUAGCCAAGUUCAAAAGUUCAAAAGUUCAGACACACAGCUUCACGGAGGAAAGUCAUGUCGUGCUGUCGGUCAGUAAAGUCAAUCAAACUAUCCUUCCAGAACGGAAGAGUCAGGCAUCCGAUUCCUGCAGAAGACAGACUUUGGUUAUGGGCCUUUCCAAGGAGCUGGUCUUGGUCUUGAUCUGCAGCCGUCGCACAAAUCCUCUUCUGUCUGGGAAGGUUUGGAUAACCCUUCCCAUGACCCACGAGUUCCGUGGUGCUGUUUCAUCCACAAUAAGCACAACGUCCCCUUCUACAAAGUUGCGCUUGAUACCAGUCCACCUCUGACGUUCCUGCAACUGUGGCAAAUACUCCUUAGUCCAUCGCUUCCAAAAUAAAUCAGACAUGUACUGGACCUGCCUCCAGCGUCGAUGAGCGUAGAUGUCGUCUCUUUGAAACUGCCCAGGUGGCAGGGAAGGAGAGGUUUUCAACAGCAAGAGAUGGUUAGGCGUCAGAGCUUCGAGGUCGUUAGGGUCGGUUGAGGCCUUAGUAAUUGGACGGCCGUUAAUGACUGCUUCCACCUCACAGAGGACAGUGUGCAAUCCCUCCUCAUCCAGAUUUUGAACUUUCAAGAUGGAGUUCAAGACCUUGCGCACUGAUCUGAUCAACCUUUCCCAGGCACCACCAUGGUGCGAUCCAGCUGGGGGGUUAAAAAUCCAUUUCACCUCCUUCUGAAGAAGAACACCAUUUAUCUGAGCUUGAUUCCAACCUCUGAUAGCCUCUCUCAGCUCACGCUCUCCUCCAAUAAAGUUCGUUCCAUUGUCUGAUCGAAUUUCUUGGACUUGGCCACGUCUUGCCAUGAAUCGUCGUAGUGCAUUAAUAAAGGCGUCUGUAUCCAGCGAAGGAGCCACUUCGAUAUGAACAGCCCGUAUUGCCAAACAGGUGAACAUGACUCCAUAUCUCUUUACAAUGCUCCUCCGGCUCUUAACCUCGAAUGGUCCAAAGUAGUCCACACCGACUCUGGUGAAUGGAGGUUCGUCCGGGCAGACCCUGUCAACAGGAAGAUCAGCCAUCAGCUGACACCCUGGGGCAGCUUGCAACCUGCGGCAGACAACACACUUUGACAAAAUUCUCCUUAUGGCUGUGCUGACCCCAGGAAUCCAGUAUCUUUCACGUAGUUUGGACAACAUGUAGUUGCGUCCUCCAUGACCAACUUGUUGAUGUAUGUGUCUCAGGAGAACGUCUGAAAUGUGGAGCUCUUUGGUCAGAAUGGCAGGGUGUUUUGCGUCUUCAGGUAAGGCUGCUCGGCUCAACCGACCACCAACCCUCAGGAUACCAUCCUCCAACACAGGAGCGAGCUUGAAGAUGUGACUUCUCCUUUUCACACUUUCGCCCUUCUGCAAACUAAAGUGUUCAUCAGGAAACCUCUUCCUCUGACAAAACCUGACGAUUUCCUUUUCAGCGACCUGCAACUCGUCUACCGUGAGGAAACCUCUCGGUGCCAGGUCUUUGAACCCUCCUUUUCCAAGCUCCGAGGACGGUCUUUGUUGUUUCCCUGACUCCGACUGAGUGGACGCAGAGUCAGUCCAUGUCCUCUUCUGGCUGAGACCCCGCAGCAUGUUUUUUAGCCUGAGAAACCAAGCCACAGCCCUUCUCAGAUGGGUCCAAGAGGAAAAAUGAUGGAUUAGUUGAGUGGUUGCAUCCACAUCCUCUGAGGUCUGCACUGCAUUCACUGCCACACUGGCCUUGACUUCUGGAUCGUUCAGCAGGAGUUCGCCCAAGCAAUCUGGACUCACAGGCCAGUCUCGUUCAGGUUGCAGGAGAUAUGCAGGUCCUGACAACCACGCCUUGUUCCUCAGGAACAUGUCAACCCUCAGUCCCCUGGAGGCCACAUCUGCAGGAUUGCUUAGGGUGUUUACAUACUUCCACUGCGAUGGAUCUGACACUUUGAGUAUUUCUGCUACCCUGUUGGCGACAAAGGUACGGAACCUGGAAGUCUCAUUCCUGAUGUACUUCAGCACAGAGGUGCUGUCAGUCCAAAACGUUGACUCUAUUAAUGACAUGUGCAACUCCUUUUUCCAAAAGGUGUCCAGACGGCUUGCCAUGGUAGCAGCUGUGAGCUCCAUGCGGGGUAUUGAGACCGGCUUCAAAGGAGACACCCUGGACUUUCCCAUGACAAAGCUGCUGUGCAUCUGGGAACAUGCAUUCCGCAGGAGAAGGUAGGUCACUACACCAUAACCAUUAUUGCUUGCGUCUGUAAAAUGGUGCAGUUGCGCCACAGUGACCUCACCAAAGUCUGGGGGUUUAAGGCACCGCGAAACCUGGAAGUGCUCUAACUGAUGGAGCUCCUCUAACCAGCUCGUCCAUUCCUGUGCAGCUGAUGGUGGUAUAGGGUCAUCCCAACCGAGUCUUUGCCUACACAGCUCCUGCAGGAUGAUCUUGGCAGAAAGAACAAUGGGACUCAGGAUUCCUAGAGGAUCGUAUACUGAACUGAUGACAGAGAGGAUCCCCCUCCUUGUCAGGGGCCUGUCCUGCACCAGGAUUCUAAACUUGAAGACAUCAGACUGGAUGCACCAUUGCACUCCGAGCACCCUCUCCACUGGUAGCAGGUCAUGGUCCAAAUCCAAGUCCUUCAUGCCCUUAGCUCUUUGGUCCCCUGGAAUUGCUGCCAUCACUGCACGGCUAUUGCUCAUCCAUUUGGUCAACUUAAAGCCUCCUUUGGCACAUACAGAGACCAGGUCAUGAUACAGUGCCACUGCUUCUUCCUCACUGGCCGUCGACACCAGACAAUCGUCCACAUAGAAGCAGUGCAGAAUCCUCUCAAUGGUCUCCUGGCAGAACUGUUCUUCAUUGUCCUUAGCACAUUUCCUCAAUGCAAAGUUAGCACAACUUGGUGAGGACGUUGCACCAAAAAGAUGUACCAACAUUCUGAAGUCUACCAGGUCUUGGGUGCAGUCACCGUUGGGCCACCAGAGAAACCUCAGUAGAUCAGCGUCUUCCCUUGGCACCUUUACUUGGUGAAACAUGGACUCUAUGUCUGCCAUGAUCACUACCGGUUCUUUCCGGAAUCUGGCCAGGACGCCAAUCAGCGAGCUAGUGAGAUCCGGCCCUUGCAGCAGUUGAGCGUUGAGAGAUGCUGACUGGAAAGUGGCAGCACAGUCAAAAACCACACGGAUUUUUCCUUUUUGAGGGUGAUACACACCAUGGUGUGGGAUAUACCACAAUCUUCCAUCAGUACGUGCCAGCUCAUCUGAAGGUACUUGCUCUGCGUAUCCAUUGGUGACCAUAUCAUUCAUGAAAUCAGUAUACUGCUGAUGAAAUAACGAGUCCCUCUUGAACCUCCUCUUCAGGUUUAGAGCACGCUGCUCGGCAACCUUCUUGUUGUUUGGCAUGGUCACGGAGCUUCGCAGGGGCAAUGCAAUCUGGUAAUGACCAUCUACAAGCUUGGCUGAAUCCUGGACCAACUUCAUGAACUUUUGGUCCUCUCUUGACUGGCCAGGUUGCUCAUCGUAGCCACAUUCUGGGAAAUCUGUUCUGAACUGCUGCUGCCAGAGCUCCUCCAAGUUCAGGACUGAAAUUCUGUUAACGGUCGCAACAUCCAUUCCAUCACCACUGUUUCCCCCCAGUGGCCCAUUAACAGUCCAACCCAAAAUAGUCUUGAUGGCAUACGGUCCAUUGUCCACACUACGGAUGACUUGUAAUGGUUCCAGUGCCCUUGGUACGUUUGUUCCAAUCAACAGCUCAACUUCGGAGUCGAUAUCAGGUAAGUGAACAUCUCUCAAGUAUGCCCACCUCUCGAGAUCCUUUUGACGUGGAAUAUUUCCUCUAUGCACCGGCAUGCACUCCUGUGUAUAGGUGUUGGGCAAAUCACAGUAUGUCUCUCCGUCCAAACCGGCCACCUCCAGUCCCAUGACCACACAGCUGUUAACGACCUUCUCCUGACCCAUUGUCCGCAAAAGGAUUCUUGUCCUUUUUCCUGAGAGGUUGAGCUUGUUCAUGAGGUUUACUGUGCAGAAAACAGCCGUGCUACCUUGAUCCAAGAAGGCAUAAGUAGCCACUACAUGAUUACCUUUCUUGGAUUUAACCAAUACAGGAACUAUAGGAAGCUUGCACUCAUGGCCACCAGCCCCAGUCAACCCAUUAGAUACCAGAGCACAGCCCACUGCGGCGCCUGGUUCUUCUUCUGUCACUGGGUCCUUUUCCUUUGAAUGGAUGUGAAGCAUUGUGGGGUGUUUCAAACUACACACUUUACAUGAUAGACGCUUUCGACAGUCCUUGCUGAUGUGUCCUGUACACAAACAGCCGAAGCAUAUUCCCUUUUCCCUUAAAAAGGUGAUCUUUUCAGUGUGAGUCAUCUUCUCCAUUCGAGAGCAAUACUCCAACAUGUGCCCACCCUCACAAAACAGACAGACUUUCUUGGCUGAUGAGGUUGUGUCUGGCCUCCUUCCUUUUGUUGCUGUGUAAUUGUGCUGUACAGUAGUCACUGUUGUAGCGAAACUACUUCCCUUUGGCCGAGAUCUAGGUUUUAAGCUGGUUCGAUUCAUGCCUCUGUUUACUGCUGGUGAUGAGUCUUGAAUGUCUCCAAAUACUGGGUCUGUUAGAAUCCUUGCUUGCCUUUCGAUGAAAUGGACAAUAUCAUUGAAUGUAGCCCUUUGGUUACGUCUUUCUUGUAUUUCACAAGCAGUUGUCCUCCAUCGAUCCCUCAGCUUGUAAGGCAGUUUUUUUAUUAUUGUCAGCAUGUUAGCAGGCAUAUCCAUUUCGAACAUAUACUGCACUUCGUUCAUCGCAUUUGCGCAGCCUCUGAGAAAUAGGCUAUAAUCUUGGAGAGCUUUAACGUCCUCUGAUUUUAUUGGAGCCCAUGACAACGCCUUGUCCAUAUAAGCAGCAGCAACCCUCUGUUCAUCCCCAAAAUGUUCUUGUAAUAGGAUUUUAGCUUGAGCAUAGCCCCUGUUUGGGUCCAUAUGCUGGCAGCUUCUCACAAGAUCUCUUGGACGACCUCUAGUGUAUUGCUCGAGGAAGUACAGGCAAUCACUAUGACUGUUGGACUUGCUUUCAAUACAGUUUUCAAAGGCUCUCAGGAACGUAUGAAACUGCAGUGGGUCACCAUCAAACACCUGGAUGUCUCUUUUAGGCAAGAGCGCAUGUUGCUGCUGUUGUAUCAGCAGUGUUGUAAUUUCAUUCUGUCUUUUCAUGAUGUCAAGAACAUUGUUUUGCUCCCCAUGUCUUGCUGAAUCCCCAACAUUAAGACUGAUUCCAUGAUGUAAGUGAUCAUUAUGAGCAUUGAGCAGAGGAUUAAAAUCAGGUAAGUGGCUCUUUAAAGUGGGAGGCUGAAAGUGAACAGCAUGGGUCGAUCCAUCUGAUUUAGGCCUUGUCACAGGGUCACUGUCCAUGAUUUUCGAUUGCUGUUUAGAUGUUUCCAGCCUCAGAGGAAUGAAAGGAGUGGCAUUGACAUUGAACUUUGUUGUUUCUUGUUCAUUUUUAACGUAGGAACUCAUUGCAUUGGACCUGUCCGUUGUAGUACUUUUCGAACCAGAUAUGCUUGCAGCCCUUAGAACGCUCACUUUAGCCAAGUGUGCAGCAAUCUCUUCAUCCAACUUGAGCUUUUCCUUGCGUUUCCGUAUUUGCUGCUCCUCCUCUUCCAGUGCAUGUCUGUCCUGUAAAAGUUUUUGCCGUGCCAUCAGUGCAGCUAAAUCAGCUUCUGCCUUGAUGCGAGCAGAAGAAGUUCCUGAUACGUUGGACCUUUUACCACUCCCAGAGCUUUUUCCACUCACAGCACUUUUUGCAGAUCGUUUGCUUUGCACAUUUGAUAUGCUAUCACUUGGGUUCACGUCAUCCUGUAGACCUUCAUAAGGUGUGAUGGGGCCUGUGUCCUGUGCUGCUGCCUGUAAAGCAUCAUCUAUUUGAGGGUCACACACAUGCUUUGUUGCUGCGGCCUCAUCAUUAUCCACGAUAUUUAGAACAUGUUCAUUCUCAUCCAACCACUGAGUCACAUCAUCCUUGAAUGUACUGCUGUAACGUUCAAUACUGGAGAACCAAUCAUUCUGUUUUAGUUUUUCAUCCUCGGGUAACAGUGGAAUUAUUGUUUGAUGCAGGUUGACAGCAGUAUCAAGGAGCUGAGUAAUAGUUUGCAACUGAGAUUUCACUUCCUGUACAUUUUCCUUUCGUUUCAUCAGCUCUUUCAUUGCAGGUAUUAAGCCUUUUAUUUUAUUCACAUGUGUUUUACGUUCAUUUUGUAGAUUUACCACUUUAUAUGCCAAUGCUUUUGCAGUAAGUUUCACAUUCCUUUUAGCAACCACAGUUUCAUUGUUUUCCACUUGUUCCAUGGCUUCACUCAUAUUGUCCUUUUGAGAUUCGGCAGUUCAGUGGUUCGCGCAGUGAAUCCACAAUACACCCAGCAUAGUUUUAUUUUUCCACAGAUUGUUUCACAUCAAUUAACAUCGGAAAACACCACAGGUAUUUACUCUCAACGAGCAGGACAGGCUGUCUCAGCGGACUUUCACACACGCACAGCGCUCCCCAAUGGAUGCGCUGUAUGCGCUGUAAUCAAACUGCGUUCCGUCCAACAUACACAGAAUGAAUGGAUGCGAGUGAUACAGUCCUACCGGUCUGAAGUCCACGUUGCGAUCAGUCUGGCGUUGCAGUUAGACACCGUGUGGCGUGAUCGCGUCCGUAUAUGCCGUUCGGGUGUUGGUACUCCUUUUUUGUUGACAAAAUAUAGUGACUAGGAACGAAAACAAAGUCACUGAGAGGCUAAGUGAGGGAGCUUCCGCAUUGGUGACUCGCUACACAAACCACAAGCCAUUUCCGUGUUUUCCGAUUGAGUUCACAUUUAUUUCCAACGCCGCACAAACAGACAGACAGGGCAAGGCAAGGCAAGAUGAUCUAUGGGCUUAGUUUGACGUUUAAAUCAAGCGGUCAACAAAAAAUACGCUCUCCCUACUCACCCCCUCUCCAUGCAGCCGCCGCAGCACCCAGGUGACUAUAUGUCCAUUCAUUCAAUCAUUCAAUCAUCGCGCCUUGACCACACCCCCUCGUGACGUGCAUGAAAGGUGCAGCCCAGACAGUUGAUGUCAACACACACAAACCUAACCACUUCUGCAUAUGGCACCUACAAUAUGUUCAACUUACCCCAUACACGGGGUAAGUUGACUAUAGGAGACCACUGUUUUGGCAUGCUAUAUUAUCAAGACAGUUGUGUUUACACUCAUUCGGUUGGUUUGCAGGGAUGUACAACAUCUUGAAAUAUAUGCAGAUACACUAUUUAGAGACAAAACUAUGAUUGCCUUGAUGCAGUGAUCCGAAAUAUGAAAAAUGUCUCAUCUUACCCCACUGUCCCCUAUAUUAUAUACUGAUUCAUACAUGAAACGGGUUUUAAAAAUAUGUAAAUUAAAGAGGUUGUUGUAUUUUUCCCUCAUGCAAUUAAAGGUGUGAAAUGAAGAUUGCACCGUUUCGGCCCAGUAAUAGAGAUAAUAAUCAUGAUAACGGUAAUUUUUCUUUACUGCUGCCUGUAAAAAUGUUUGUUUACAGUUUGUACAGGGUGUCUAAUGUGUUAAUGGCGGGGAUAAUCUGUAAUUACAGACCGAAAUUAACUUGCCAAUAAAAUAUUGUUUUAUUGAUUAUUUUGAUAAGUUUUAUCGCCACAUUUACUUUUCGUGCGUAUAUGAUAACAUUCUCAAAGUGUUGGGGUGGAGAAACGUGCAGCGGGCUGUCCGGAAGCGUGAAUCAAACACACCCUCUUUGAUGAGGCAGGUUUGUGACCUCAGUCUGACCCCUCCAGCUGUGACGCGUCUUGGAUGAACGCGCUGUUUUUAAACUCGCGCCGCUGACGCCAUUUUAACUAGUUUGAUGUAGUUUUCUGCGAUUUUACAAACUAGUCCACCGAAAGUGUACUCAUGUGGCGUCAGGACACCAUUGUUGAGGAUUUACCGUCGGAAAAACAAAGUAUCCUGUUUUGCUGUCUUCAGUAAAAGUCCUCAAAGGAGCUGAGGUUAGGAUCAGCGGGCCUACUCCACCACAGCUCACCUCCUCAAACUCAGGUAAGAGCGAGUUUUCAUACCAACUUUGUCUGUUUCAUGUGGCAAAAUAUGAAGCCUGAACAGAGAUAUGACAUUGUUUUUUUGUGGUUUCUGUCUAUUCUUUGCUGUUUUGUGUUUUUAUUUUUGCAGCAGCAUCAGCUUAUUAUGAGAAAUGCUCUAGACUGGCUGAGUUUAUUUUUCUUGUGGUUGUUGGCGCUUGAGUUUUCUGCUUUCAAAGCGUAUAUGAUGAUAAAGUGCAAAUGCAGUUUUAAUGUGUUUUGGCACAUUAUUUGGCAGCAAUAGCUUUUAUAAAUCAAGAGCAGUUUGCUAGUUCUUUUCACAAGACACCAAUUACUUGUAAAGUCACAGUAACUUUUUGGAAUUACUUUUAUUGUGUAACAAACUGAAAAAACACAAACUCUAUCUCUCAGUAAAAGUGACCUAAACGUGCAAAAAGUCAUUCCUAACUAAAGAAAAAAGGUGAAACCAGCAAAUAUUGGAUAUUUGUACUAUAAAAGGACAGAAACUUUUAAUUUGAUCAUAAAAUAGUUGGGUUAGUUCCCUUUUUAUUGAUUUCCUUCCUGUUGAGACUCUAAAACCAAACUCAAAACGCAACUUUUUAGUCUCGCUUUUAACUAAAUUUUAUAUCAUUAACUUUGUGUGUUAACGAUAGCUGUGUUUUAGCACAUAUCUUUCUAGUUUUAAUGACUGGAUCGUCACUCUUAUUUUAGUGUCUUUUACUGUUGUUUUUAUUUCAUUUCAUUCAUUAUUUCUUAAAUUUCAUUCUGUAUUACUUUUUUUUUUAGACUUUAACCUAAACCGCCAUUGUUUCCUUAUCUUGAGUUUUAAAAUGACGUUUCCUCAGUGCGCACAUCCCUGUUUCCACGAAAUCAUACCCUUAUUAAGUUAAAGGUGGGGUAGGCAGGAAUCUGUUAAAGAAGCAUCUUUUUUUGUGGUGUAUACAAAAAAGCUUUCUAAUAUCAGUCAAUAGCUAUUAGUUAUUGAUGAUAUUUGGUAAUAUAACGAUAUCGCUGUGUAUUAUGUCUGUUUAGUCAACAUUUUACAUUUUUUGAGCGUCCCGCUCUUUCUGACUGUAAACAAAGCCGUUCUCUGCCUCCCCCAACCUGAUUGGUUGUGAGGCAGACGCUGCUCCCCCGUGUCGUUAAAGAGCCCAAACAAAGUUAGCGUGCUACGAUUUCGGACAGUAGAAACCAUCCAGAAAGUGCUGAAAAUUGUCUGAAUCCUCCUUUGACCAUGACUGCCAAUACAAGCAAGAAAACGAAGUAAAUACCGGAGACUCUGACGGAAUAACGGGCGCUUAAAAAGCUGGGUCAACAUCAGCAUAAACGAUGAGGAACACUACGGUAUCUUAUGGACCAUGUAACCUUUCUGCUGGACAGGUAAACUGCUUUAACAAAGUAAGCCAAGUGUCUCUAACAAAAGUGUUAGAGGGGACCGGCUGUGUGUUGUAGCGCCGCUAAACUCUUUACCUCGGGUCCUGAACUAUGUCACUUUAUCCUAGUUGUAGAAGUCCUGCAAACAUUGUGUUUGCUGGUAGUCUGUUGGCAUCUACAGUAGCACCAAUGCUUUUUACUCGGCCCCAUUUGUAAUUAUCUGAAGUAUUUAUCUGCAUUAUAUCUGAAUUUAAUUGAAACGAUACGAGCGAGCAGGAGCGUCUGUAUGUGGGCGGGGCUUGCUGGAGCAGAGAGGGAGGGGAGAGGAGGAGCUGAGGGGAUAACUGGUUGGGUGGGGUAGUGUUUACAUUCAAGAUUCCUCCCCAAAACUGGUACUUCCUCAGAUCCUGCCCACCCUAAUGCAUUUUAAUACUGUUUCUGUUGCGUUUAGAUCGUGGGAUGGGAAUGAGGGGUUGGGCUGGGGUAGAUUUGGGUAUUCUUUGUUUCUUUUAUUCGUCUCUCUGUGUUGCACUUGUGCUACAUGGUUGUGUAUGAAAAGUGCCAUAUAAAUAAAGACGGAUUGAUGAUUGAUAUUGUGUACCCACAAAACAUACUGUUGUUUUUAGGGUAACUAUUCUUCAAAUCAGUAUGACUGUGAUUGUCUACGUACUGACUUUUAUCCUGCCCACAGCCCACUUCAAUACGGCAAUAUUUACACUAAAAGCAAGUUGAUUAGGUGACUACAUGCUGCUUCCUGUCACAAUUACCUUUUAAACUGCUGAGCUCUUGUUCACUCAGCUUCACUCAGUGGUAACAUUAAGCUUGUAUCAUGUACUGACGGUCAACUGCUGCUUAGCAACAAUGUGUAGCGGUUCAUAAUGAGAAGCUGUCUGCUUCCAGAUAUAACUUGGUGAAAGUGAAAUGUGUAAGGGAAUAAUUUGCUCUAUAGCUGACAUAUAUUUAGCUGCUGCGGUGUGUCAGGUGGGUUGUUAGCUUUCAAGUGAUUAAUUUAAAAAGACAGUAUUUUCCCACUGAAGUUGGAAGUGGUUGAUAUGGAAGUGGGCAUGCAUGAGCUGGCUGCUGACAGACGAUAAGAUAAGUAUGAUGUACGAGUAGCUCUUAAUGUUUUGAAAAACCUACAGAGUUUCUACCUGUUUUCAGUUGUUGGGGUUGUGGUUAUUAAAUUUAGAGGUGUAGAUUACACACUUGAGUAGUAAAAAUGAUAUUAAAAAUGAACAACAUGAAUAUGUAUCAUAACUUGUAUUCAGAAAAAUAAAUGAACCACAGAGCUUAGCUGAGAUAAAAACUAACACCAUCAAAGUACACAGGGAAAUAUACAAAAGACUGAUAAACACAGGUCCAAUAGGGAUUAAUUCAAAGUGUAGAUUUAUUUAUUUAUCUUUAUAAUAAACUCAGUGUUAUUCAAUUUUUAAUUAGGUGCUGCAGCUUUUGAUUAUUGUUUGCCUACAAGUGCUGAUUUGCUAAAAUAUACAAAGCAGCAUCAAGGACAAAUGUAAAGAAGUACAGGGAGGACUAACUUAACAAUAAUGACACCUCAGCAGCUAAACAUACAUACAAGAACUUUAUCUUGGUGUGUUGAAGACAGAUGUUGAGGGGAGCUCUGGUAAAAGAAGCACAGGUGUUGGUCUGAAAUGACUUAAGUUCCAUAUCAAUGAUGUUGUUUCAGGACGUUUCAGUAAUCCUGUGACCUAGGUAUAGUACUCCAUUUCUGCGGUACCUCUAGUUUGCAAAGUAAAGUUCGGUUUAGAUGCCAUGUAUUGGUAUAUCAUGUCUGGAGGCUCCAUAGCAUUACUUUAUUUACAUUAGACUAAAAUACAGCAGAAUUAUCAUCUUUAACAUGGCAAAGUUAUCAGGUUUGAUUACCUGCUGCUGAAUAAUAAAGGUAAAUGUGCCAAUAACCACAGAAUGCAUCACUUCCAGAAAUACUGGGACAGCAGAUAAUAUGUCAUAAUGCAAUAUAAAUGACUUCAAACUCUUUAAGGACAACGUUUUGCAUUUAGCCCAGCAAGGUCAGUAGAGGCUUACUCUGACUCAUUUCCCAACGACUCUUGGUGACUUUCCCGCCAAAUGCAUACAAUGCUACUGUGCAAGUGGUGGAGUGCGUACAAGGCUACUGAGCUAUGUUGGUUUCAGGAAAUGGAAAAAAAACCCCACAGAAUUACCGAGAGCUUUUUGGCUUCAAAUCUGUAUACUAUUGGAAUGCAGAAUCAAGUUGUUCAUACAGUCUAUGGUUUUGUCAAAGCUUUAUUAGCAGCAACAAAAAGUAAAGGACACAUGACUGAAUAAUAAAUACAAUUAAAGAAUCCAGAAAGUUUGAAGCUUUUCCUUUUCCAGUGAACUUUAGUGCCGUGCAAAACUUGUUAGGGUAUUUCUGCAUAGUUGUAUCAGUACUUGUAUCAAAAACACAAGUUUAUCUUUCUUUUGAGGGAGAAUUUCCCCAGACCCCUUACCUGUAUCUUGUCAUAUCUUGAUGUUUCUAAAGUUGACUGUGCACAGAAGUAUCACUUCCCAGAAGCAGCUGGAUAGUUUGAAGGGACUGAAUACAAUUAACUCUAUCUGUGAUCAGCUGACCUGUCCACCCUGUCUCAGUGGAGCAGGGGCGGAAAUAAAACUCAUAAUAUAAUACAGGUUGUUGACACGGAUGGCCUGCUUCUUUUCUCGCAGAAACUCCACAGACAUUGAUAAGAGAAUCUGUCAAGAGAAGCAGAAUCGAUAAACACAUUGAUAUAAAAAAAACUGUAAACUUUAGUCCCUAUCAAAGAGUACUGCCUGGCUCUUGUGUCAAAGCUGUUGUUCAUAGUUACAGUUAAAGUUUAAAGUGGCUUGUUCACCUGGUAAACUUCCUUCACUUCAAGUUUGAUGUCAGCUGAUCACAGAUCUGUUUGGGCUUUUAACAGGUAGUAGAGCUUGACUGUGUUUGACUUGAGCCAACCACAGCAGAGAUUAGUAUCUUAAUUAUAAAAUCUUCAUGAAAGCGUGUUUGAAAUGGUGAUGAACAGAAGAAGUCCAGGGUGAUUAAAAGAAGCGGGCUGUGGCUGUAACUUGUCGUUAGCCUCUGUGAAUAUUGUAACUCUCCAACUUGGUUAAUUUGAUGAUGAACACACGACGACAUAUCUGCUGAAUUCCUUAGAGUAGAAGUUCCAGUUAAUUGCAUUUUUGGAUGCCUUUAUAAUGAAACAGGCAGGUCAGGCGAUGUCUGACAACAUGCAAGGGGGUAUAGCUGAGAAACCAAACUUCAAACUGUGCUGAUUCAGUUUGAAGUUACUUAGGACAAAAUGGGAAUAACUCUGAAGGCAUCUCGUAGGGCUGCACGAUUGUGGCCAAAAAUAAAAUUCAGAGUUUUGGCUCUAAAAUUUUGAUUUUCAAUUUAGAUUUUUUUGGGGUAAAAACUACAAUAGACAACAGAAUUAGUGAUUCCAAAUAUUUUUAUUUUAGAAAACAGCAAGCAAUUAAAAGAUAAAUCCCUUUUGGGUUCAGUAAAGUGACAACCUUUACACGAUAGAGAAAAAUACUGAUUUGAUUGAUUAAAUUUUGUCAACAUUGUCAUCAUUAAAUAAUCCAAUUACGAUUUAAAAUCGAUUAAUCGUGCAGCCCUACUACCUCGUAAUGCUUUCAUACAGGGACAUGAUAUGAGGCUUGUGGUUUUUUUUUGGGGUGGGGGGGUUUAGGUUCACACAUAGCAUCUGUGAGAGCUGUCACAAAAUUAUAUAGGUCUAUGUUUCCAUCUGCAGCCUAUGUACUAGGGCUGGGCGAUAAACUGAAAAUUUACUGAUACAGAAAUUUACAACAAUAACCAACGUCAUUGUGCCCAUAUCAGUAUAUUCGGUGUCAAAUAAAUAAACAAAAGUUGGUUUUGGGUGUGUGUAGGUAGGCUAUGGUCUCAUGAGACCAUGUGACCCCACCCCAUCCAGUCUGUAACAAAGAGGGAAAGACCGGUGAGGAGAUGGAGGACGGUUCAAAAGUUGUAGCGGUGGCUGAAGUAGACGAAGUGAAUGUGGAAGGGGGUGAGCAGCUUGUGGAGUAGUUAUCAUCCAUUUAUCGUAAUCAAGGUGCACUGCUAAAUAUAUUGUGAUAUUGAUUUGAGGCCAUAUCGCCCAGCCCUACUAUGUACCCUUUAAAUCUCCCCUCUUACAGACUGACAUCACUUUAAAACAGUGUAGUUCAUCUACUCACUCAAAGUGAACACUACCUCUGUUGCCUUUUUAUAAACACACACAUAUAAAUUAACUUUUUCAAGAAGUUUUCAUCAAUAAAAGAAGCACUUCAUCACUCAACCUCCACCUUUCAUUUUUCACCCUGUCUAUUUAUUUCUUUCAUUUUGAAAUUUCUUUCUCUGUCUAUUCACUCUUAGUCAGUCGCGUCCCUCAUUUCUGCUCGGAUCCAGUCAAGGACUCCUCUGAAUCACAUGUAAAUGCCGUAACUCUCCUUCAGACAUUGUGCUCCCGUUGUUGGGAGUGAACAAACAUUUCUGUCACGUCUGUGCCUUUCUUCUCUAAAAAGUGUGAACAAAAGAAAUAACCCUGAGCUCUGGCUUGAAUAGCUCGCCGUCCGUUGGAGGAGGAGGAGGAGGAGGAAGAGGAGGAGGUGGGUACAGUUUUCAACAGAUCUGACGCACUUUCUCAAAUUUUAUUUCACCUCCAACUGCAAAGUGUGAAGUUGCGGAGUGUGUGUGUUGAGCUUUCUUCAGACGUGGAUCUGUCAUUGAAGCAUUAGCUCGAGGUCGAUAAUGAUUAAUAUUAUUUAUAAGCACCAGGUUUGUCUUUCUUUUUAUUGACAUCAGAAGAUCAUUGAUCUUCUACUUGAUGCUGCAGUAUGACUCAGUGAUGAUAAUGUGUGUCGAGUUUGAAGUGGGUAGGGCUGAGGUUGGUGAUGUCAGUGUGACGACAGAGGGGGUCAGUAACGCUCUGAGUUUACUGACCCACCUUGUAGACCUCCCCCCUUCUUUUGCCGUCCUCCUCCUCCUCCCACAAACAGCAUACCCCCGUUGUUUUUCACUUAAUGCCAAAGCACCCAGCAGAGAUCCACACAAAAGUAGUCAUCUUUAAAAACAAACGAAGCCUCUGGUCUCCAGCAGGACAUGCAGAGAAGAGAGGAAGAGUGGGGGAAAAAUUCAGAUCACCAGUGGUUUCUGCUCCAUAUUGGUGUAAAUGUAAUUGAUUUCCAACUGUGUGGGAUCGGUCUCUUAGAGUCACAGAACAAACAUGGACUGAGUAGUUGAAAGGGCAGAAAAAAAUGUGGGCUUUAUCUCCCAGCUCUGUCUAAAUCUGAUUUAUCCCAGUCAAACGGUGCACACAGACUUCAUAGAGCUAUCAUGGCUUUCUCGCUGGGUGAAAUUUGUAUGUAAAUUAUGUUUCAGUUUAUGAAACAUGCAGGUAUCCUAUGGUCCCUUAUUAACUAUUGUUUCUGCACAACUCUAGUUUCUGAGCAUUUGUAUAUUGAUGCUAUCUGUGAUUAUUGACUACUGUUUUUUCUGUCCAGUCUGGUGCUACACAAUUAAUCAAACAAUCGCAAUGAGAGAAUGAUCAGUUAUGUACGAAAGAGGAUUAAGGCUACAUGGAGUGAGAAAAAUAAUUACAGGAGAUUAAAGUCAAAGUUUGGAGGUUAAAGUCAGAUUUUCGGGAUUAAAAACUUGAAAUUAUGUGAAUCAAGUCAAAAUUUUGUGAUUAAAAAUUGAAAUUUCGAGAUUAAAGUCGAAAUUUCGAGAUUACAAAAUGCCGAAAUUUCAAGAACAAAUAUUAAAUCUCGAAAUUUCAACUUUAACGUUGAAAUUUUAAUUUUUUUAUUUUGACUUUUUAAAAUCUUGACUUUAAACUUGGAAUUUUGACUUUAAUCUUGAAAUGGAAAUUAAUAAAGUCCCCCUCCUGUAAUUAAUUUUUUCUCUCUUAAUCCUCUUUUGUAGUUAUGUUACCACAAAACAAGCUGUGAUUUGCGAUUUUAACUUUGUUUUGGAGUCUGUUUGGAUACGCCCAUCCAAAAAUUAGGCUCUUUUCGAGACUGUCUAGUUUUUUGAGCUGCACUUGGAUGUUCUGAGUUGGAUUGAAUUGAAAGAGAAAUCCAAACUAAUAACUUUUAUAACUCUGAACUAGCAUCUCUGUGAUAACCAACUAAGUAAAUUGACAUUUGUUGAUUAGAGGUUUAGUCAGAAUUUGAAUAAACAUUAUGAAAUUAGUUAUCAUGUUUCUAGUAUUAAUGAUACAGGCCAAAAUGAGUCUGAAAUUAUCAGCAUUUUGGAUAUCAGCAAAAAUAACUGCAUAUUGCUUACCCCUGACUCCUCCUCAGCUCUGCCUCCUAGUCUUAAUAAGGUCACAGCUGACUAAAGAAAAUCAGGUUUGUAGUGACUAUAAGAGUUUGAAGGCAGAGUGUACCAUCAAGGUUUCAUCUAUUUCUUAUUAAAAGUCUGAGUGAGCUUCUUUCCAGGUUUACGCUUAGUCCAUCUGAGCCAAGAGUUUGAAGAGAUUUCAAGGCUUGGCUACUUCUUCAUUACUCUUUCACAGAGUUGUGAAUCGAAGCAUCAACCCGUUAGUCUAAAAGAGUACAGUCGUAAGAUUAGGACUUGUAUUUCUCAGUGUGGUAAUGGUCUUGAGUGCCAGUUGUUUGGCUUGAAUCCGUGAUAGCACACCUGUUGUUGUUUUUGUUGUUGUUUUUCCUCGAGAACUGCAGUACCUCUCAGUACCUCCAAGACUUUGGCUGCCAGAAACUCCUGGGAGUGCAGGCGCUGCUGGCAGUAAAGGCUCAUCUGUAACACUAGAGACAGUGAUUAGAGAGAGGGAAUCAAUAAUACAUGGUAAGGGACGGCUAAUGUACCACAGGGACUGUCAGACAGACAGCCAUGUCUCCGAUACCCCAGCCCGCCAUCUCAUAUCCGCUGGUCUCUACACACAAAGCCAGACGGAACGAGCUCAUGUGGUAUGAAAACGUAACAGGGGAAAUAAAAACUGGAGGAGAGAAAGGUUAGACAAAUAGAGAUAAAGAGUUUGAACGCAGAAGAAAGAGCAUGGGAGGAAAGAAAAAAAGAGCAAAAAAAAGUCAGAGGACUUGAUUCGAGAACCAUCUGUCUGGUUUAAUAGACAGUUUCUGUAAAUCCCUGUAAAUAGUAUGAUCACGGAAGAAGAAGAGCAGACAGCAUCGCACAAAUACAACAAGCUUCUUACAGAGCCACGUUUUCAGAAGUGGGCCCCUCAUACAUGAUGACUCAAAGAUCGAUGCAGGGCUGUGAAGAAACCAGCCAAAAUGAAAUAAAUGUGCAAGCUAUCCGGGAAAUAAGAUUGGCAGCAGACAGAAGCAUGCCAUCAGUCCCCGGGGACGUGUGCUCGCCAAGCGGUCUCUCAUCCGCAGAGAUCGGGGUUAAUGCCUCUCCUGCAUUAGCACACUAGCACCACACUAGUCAGCUGACCUGAGCCACAAAUACACACACACAAACACACACACAUAGGAGAGGAUGAACAGUAUGAGAGAAAGAUGAUCUAAUUAAUCAGUGAUUGGAACAACUGCAUGCUUCCUCUUUUGAACGCCACUCGCCUACACACACACACUGACUGCACCCCCCCAUGCCCCCACCUCGCUCUCUCUUCAUUACACCCCCGCCUCUCCGUCUCGUUUCCAACACCGCUCAUCAUUAGUCUCCAAAAACAAACACACAAACAGAGUUUACAGAUUCAGACAGAGAGAUAUUUGUCCAUGCUGAUGUCCCGACUGGGCUGCUGCCUGAAUAAAGCCUCAUUACCGACUCGACACGCCGGCAGCAGACUUGUGCGCUACGACGCCACAGGUCGCUCGUUACCGCUCGACUUGCUCUCCGCGACUUGGACCAGACUCUGUUAUAGCUAGCCCGUUCAACAUCGCUGCCUGUGACCUCCUGCUCAUCAUGACAAAAAAGAAAUAUAGCGCGGCAAAAGCAGUGAGUCAUCAGGCAAAAGUCCAAACGUUGAGUCUUUUUGUAAUGUGGCAUUUAGCUGCUCAGUGUCUCCAUUAUGCCGACGUGCUCAGGUGAUCGCAGAAAGAGUUUUCACCAAGGCUCAGGUGGGAUGUCUGAAAUGGUUUGACACUUGACCUCAAUUCAAAGGCUAUUGAAGAGGAGCUCAAAGACGCAGAAAGCCGAUGUUUGUAUUCAGAGGAUUAUACAGAAAGAAUUAGUCCAUCUCAUGCUGCUGCUAGUGGGUUCAAAACACUCAGAGAAACCAAGAAUAGAAGUAGAUGAGAGUAGAUGAGAGUUAGUGCAAAAACAACAAUUCUAGCAAGCCAAACAGACUGAAAAUGUGAAAGACUUGCUUUUAAUUUCAAGGCUUAGUGUCUCUAAUUUUUUUAUUCAGUGCAAAGUCAAGUUAUGUUUUAAAGGACCAGCAAUUGACAAAAAGCUUCUGCAAAUUCAAACUCUGGAGAAGAGAUUGCUUGUUAGUUGUUUUGCCUUAUUUUCUCUUUUAAUUCCCUUGCACACAACUAACUUUGGUUCCUGUUUUAAAGUACGCUGUUAUUUUUAAAGGGUGCAAAAAAAGGAGCUAAAAUGAUCGAAAUGAAUGACAGCAGGCUGAAAGAGUGAUGAAAAGUAAAAAUGUAUCAACACCUGAGAGGCAUAAGCUAUCACGUUGUCCUGUCAGUGUCACGUUGUUGGCAGAUACGCUUUAGCGAGUCUUUCAAGUAUCAGCAAGGGUUUGGUGGUUAAUCAAACUCCAAUUUGGAUUACGAUUAUGGCUCUCUAAGAUCGUUAAAAUAUGACAAUUGAGAGUGAGCACCAUCUAUGCUUCCUCCUGUGUCAUGCUUGUUUUGUCCUAUACAAUAUCUCUAGUGAUCCCUUCCUUUCAGCCCAACAAAGUUUUAGGAAAGCAAAAGUAGACGCGGAUCCUGCUGUAAUUGGUCGAUUGCUGUAUCUUCAACGUACAAUUCAGAUGGAGAGACAAGAACAGGGAGAGGACGGAGAGGAGGCAGCUGUGUGUAUACGUGAGUGCCUGAAAAGCUAAGGGACCGAAUGAGCAUGGCGAGAGACGGGCUGUAGCUAUCAUGAGUCGAGAUGCACUGAUCCAUUUUUUCCCUAUCUAAUCCGAUACCUUGGCUGAGCGUAUCUGCCGAUAUCCGAUACCAAUCCAAUACUACUGUUGAAUGAAUGAACCGUAUACCUUGCAUCAGGCUUGACAUUAGCCUUGUUAAAAAAGGUAACAACUUAAUUAAUCUUAUCUGUUUUUGUGAAUGUUAGUAGAAUGACUUCUGUCUGUCUCAGAGAUAUUUUAGCUCGCUUUUAUUGUGCUGGGACUUGUUAUCUUUUGUUGUAGCAACAGGUGAAUGGCCGACACAGAACGGGUGUUUUGGUCGACAUAAUCCUUCUUCUAACCGAAAUAAAUCCAGCAACAAAUUCUCUUAUUUGUUGCUUAUUUUGCAAUUGUUACCGAUGUUGCGCUGAGAAACGCAUGCCCGCCGAGAAUUGCAUGCACCUCGCAGAAACGCGCACCGCUUACAGUAGAGUGGUCCAUGGAAAUGUACAAUUUAAAACUCAUACAGUUCUUGUUUGUGGGGCUAAACAGUGACGAGUAAUAUUCCGAAAGUAAUUCUCAGCGUACACGUGUUUCUCGGCACAACACCAGCAGCGCCAGCAAUUCACUCCAUGUGUAGGCCAUGUGCAGGGGCGUGGUUUCCUCCGCUCUGAUGCAGAGACACAUGCAGUGUAUCUCAGUCAGCUACCCUUGAAAUUAGAUGAGUUCAUUCGCCUCCUAUAUCGCAGGCUCUGCAGUGUGACUGUUGCGCUCACAAUGAUGCUCUAACUACAUAUAGUGCAGCCCGUAAGUACAAAAGGAUAGUCAACAGAAUUGCUGUGUUGCUGUGUAUGAUAAGAAUUAAAAGAAAAAAAAAGAUGGGAUCGGAACGCUGGAUCGGCGUCAUUCAUCAGAUCCACUUAAUUUGUCAAUAUCGGAGCCGAUAUCUGAUCCAAAUGUCGGAUCAGUGCAUCCCUAAUCAUGAGCGACAACAAGCUACUGACUGCCCGGCUCAAAAGUGAGAGACAUUGACGAGAUUCCUAAUCGGAUGCAAACUAAAGUCUUGAUGUUAUAAAGACGUAAUUCGAAGGCUUGAAAAGACUGAAUGAUUUGUAAGAUCUGUACCCUGUGAUAGAACACCACAAACCCUUAAGCGAAAUCUGGCAUUUUUUAGGCCACCGCUCUUAAAGUGAAGUGUCCUUUUCCGUACUUUCCUCAUUGGGGUAUUUUUUAAAUUCAUAUUAUUCAGUUAAGCAGACAGGCAUGCUUUGGUAAACCAAAAAGGUAAAGCACUUUCUAUGUUUUUAAGAUUUUGAUGCAUCCUCAACAGCAUCAUCAUCUCCAGCUGCUGCGUCAUCUGUACACCUCUACUCAGUGACAGACAUAAGAGUCGUGUAGGCGUUGAACAAGAGAAGUCAAAGACAGGUACAGGUCCCACUCCUCUGCAGGUUGUUAGAUAUAGUUUUCAUCAUACAGAUCAGAUGAUUAGUCCCUUAUAUGUGCUGAUUUCCAGCUGUCUUGUGAGGCACUAUCACACCCUGAUUACUUCCCCAUAAGUCACCGGACACUGAUGUGUGAAAGGUUGAAUAAUUGAUGCUCUGUUUGGUUAGAGGCCUUUUCUGUCAAUAUGAUUAAUCGUGUUAUAAUCUGACUUUAGAGGGAAACAUUUAAUUUUUUGAUGGGAUGUCAUUUCAUACCUCUUUUUAUGUGGGUGACUUGUGGAGCAGCAAGGUUAACUCUGUGUCUUAAAGUGAUUAUAGCCUGCGAGUAACACUAUAAGAGCGUGUAAGGUUGCCACAAACGGGUUGACUGGCACCUCGUCAAACACUCAUUUACCCUCCCGCCAGCAUGCGCCCUCCCCACUGGGUGUGCGAUGAUUCAUCAUCUUACAGGCGAAGGAGGUUAAACGGUAAAGGGACAUUAGUCUGUGUCAGAGGGGCCUCCCUCCUCGAACAGCCUCUGCUGGGCCUGGGAUGACAUUUUCAUUUGACCCGCAGCCAACAUCCUUGUAAUGAGAAGCCAUCAAAAAGCAAUCUCCUAAAAUAGAAAGGGAUUUCAAUUUGAAGACACCUAUAUUGAUAUGCAAAAUAUGACCAGAAAAAGACUCCUAUAGAUCAGUCGGGUAAAUUUGAAGCCCUGUGAUGACGCCUCGGAUCGGUUUGAUCUGCUCAUGCAAGAAUAAAAUGAUGCUUAUGAGUAGAGAAAGGAUGUUUUGAAAAGGAGGGAAAUACUAAUCUGGCAUUCAGUGUUACUGAAGAUGUGUGUGAAAUUGAUUUCUGCUCCUGGCAGUUUGAAACCCAAAUCAAUUGUAUAUGUCCCAUAACUGCAUAAGAAACCUAAAGUCGAGCUUUGGGUCUGUAAAGCUGUUUGGACGUGUUAGAAAUAGAGAUUACUUGACUUGGCUACUCAACCACUUUUUUUUCCCUCUCAUUUGUCUGAAACUCUGUUUUUGAAGCUGUAGACUUAAGGAGGAAAGUCAAAUUUACUGGCCUGGUGUCACUUUUAAAGUAAACUGACUUGCAGCAAAGGUGCACUGAACUGUAGCUUUCAAUCAAGUCCAGAAAUGAUGGUCUUAGGGGGAUUUUGGACUUUUCUGUUUGAUAGGGGUGAAACCUCCCCUGGACCUUGGUCUAGACCAAACAGCAGGAACUUGGUCUGACCGAACUGAACCCUGGUCUGGAAAUGACACCAGGAGUAGAAGAGUCCGUUACUAUGUUCAAUGGAGAUUGUCCAAGAACAGAAAAUUUUAUAAUAUUGUAUUGUAGUUAUACCUAACUACUGACAGCUUAUCUUUUCAUGAGUUGUACAACACAUACUUCCUCUCUUGAGUCGGUGUUUCAGUGGCUCAACAGGAUUGCAUACUUUUGUCUCCUUUCUUGUCGACGACGAUAAAGUUGACGUCUAAUGAUCAAAUUCAUAAGACGAACUUGGACCAGCCUCAUGAACAGCUCUUCUAGUUGUCGCUGUCUGUCAUUGAAAAUCCACAAUAAUAUGAUGGUGGGAAUGACGAUUUCAUUCAUGUUAACAACAUUCAAGAUCCACGUUAAUUAACGUAUGGACGUCAGACGCCCAAAUCAACGGAAACUACAGAGACACACAAAGCACGUAGUUGAUGACAAUAUCAUGUCAUGUAAAUUUGUUAGUCUGUUUGCAAUAGUGACCGUGUGAAACCUAAACAGACUGAACCAAAGUUAUACAAUGUGACAAAAACACAGACCUUGGUUCAGACUUUCAGGUGUGAAAACAUCCUUAAUUUUGAAUUACAUCCAAAUGCCAUCUCGAGAUCUGUACUAAACCCACAUUUUUCCUGGAGCCUAAAAUUUGAUCCAAGUGUAUUUCUGCUAAACUACAGUUAAUGUAGUGUCACACCUUUGAUUGAAAACCUAAACUUGGCCAUACUGGGACUCUGAUGCUGUUUAAAUCAAUCAAGCAGUCCUAAUUGUACCAUAACGACAAAAAUGAGCCGCAUUUCCUCCAUUUUCUCCCAUCUCAGCGGAAAUGCUGCAUGCUGAUGACACAUGGUGUAAUAUGCACAUGCUGUCGCUGUAAACACAGACCAGCUCAGAAAUGAAUUGAAUAGAUUGGUCCCAUGGAUUGGCUUUCUGUAAUUUAUGCAAGAAUGAUUGGAUCACUGUGUGAUAAAGACAAGCAUGAAAAAUUCAGCGACAGUUUGGAUUUAAAAUGAUAAAUGAAUAACAAAACAGUUAGUCUACAUAAAGAGUUGUAUCGAGGGCUGGGCUUUUAAUUUUCUUUACGAUUUUGGACUUAAGAUAAUUGAAAUUUGAACAACUAUUAGAGAAGAGAGGGGAUCUGUAUUUUCAACGUUUUGUUUACUAUCAUGCAGCUACAGGUGGCAAAACUAUAAGCUCUGCUAGGGAGAGGGGCAGAAGGAGCAGGUGUGUGUUAGUGAAGCAGAGGGACGGAGUCAGCAUGGUGAAGAAUAGGCUGAUGAGGGUUCAAAGGCAUAAAUAAGUGGACAAUCACAGAACUAAACAAAGUGUUCAAGUUCAAUGUAAUGCAGAUGCUGUCAAAUCAGUAAUUUAGUUCAAUCGUUAUGAUCUCCAAAAUCAGUGUUUGUGAUUAUGAAUUCUGCCAUUAUCAAGCAGCAGCUGACUCUUAAAGGGAUAUUAAAAUUAAUGUAGGGUCAAACACACUGUAACACCAGGUUAGACACCCUGUCGAGAAAUGAAUGUUGCUGACUGCUUGCUUCUCUAGUUAUACCAACUUUAGUAACGACUGCAGAUACCAACACAGAGAGCCAUGUGCUCAACUAAAACGCCACUCUAUAGCCACAAAUAAUGCUCAGAACAGCACCUAACUUUAUCAACAGUACAUAUAGGGUUAUAGCCUCCAAACAUUUUUUUUAGCUUUGCCUGAUUUCUUUAGCAAAGAGACUCACCUACUCUCUCCCAGCAGCUCUUUGUUUGUACGGAGACCUCCGGGUGAGCAGCUCAAGGAAGAACAUUUAUGAUCACUUUAUGAUUUUCUUGAAGUAAUACUCACCAUAUUAAUCAUUUUGCACUGCAGAUGCGGUAGUUCUUCUGCUUUAGCGUCUUGUUCUGAUUGCAUUUCCAUUAAGAAAUGAUCGUAAAUGUUCUUCCUUGAGCUGCGUCCCCCCGCUGCAGUCGAUGGACUCACUUGGAGGUCUCUGUAAAAACAAGUGGCUGCUGGAAGAGAGACUGUGAGUGUCUUUGCUAAAAUAAUCGGGCAAAGCUAAAAAAAUGUCUGGUGGCUAGUGCUAUGGCUCGGACCCUAUAUAUACUAUAUUAGCCCUAUAUUUGUGGCUAUAGAGUGGCUUUUUGGUUGAACGCGUGGCUCUCUGUAUUGCGAUAUGCGGUCGUUACUAAAGUUGGUAUAACUAGAGAAGCGAGUGGUCGUCGUUACAGUGUGUUUGACCCUAACUUAAUUUUACGCCGGAAUAUCCCUUUAAGCUCUAGCUGUCCUAAGUUCAUCUUGCUUAUGUUCACAAACUGUGAUUAUUUCACUCCUCUAAACUUAUUCCUCUUCAUAUUUCUGACAUCUUGUCAUGAUCUGACCUGAUCUUGUCUUUUCUGUCCUGGCUGGUUAAACGACCUGCCUGUCUGCAGCCAGAGUUCCUUGGAAAUCCACCGUCUCAUUGUGUUCUGUCUAGUUGAAGAGAAAAGUCCCGCUCUGAUCUCCGAAGCUGUCACAGACAUUAUCCAACUUUCUGGACACUCUUGACUGCUCUGUGAAUAAAUGAUGAAUCAAUCAAAACCGAGGAGAGCUCUGGGGGCCUUACUGAAAAACUGUCAAAACAGUUACACAUUACAAAUCAAUGAUGCUGAUGAGUCCGUUAAUCGGUGAUAUGACUGACAGAAAACAACUUAAAGAAACGAUUCAUCAUUUGGAAGUGAGCUGCUGAGAUGAGCUCUGUCUGGUGUUGUGGGGCCUGACCACAAAGAGCUCUCAAAGUCAGGGUGAGAACUUCAAACUGUGAGAACUUGUGCAGCAGAGGGGACUGUCUGUUUGAUGAUAUGCCAUGCUCGGUGUCAGGGGUUGGGAUAGUUUAGAGCACAACAAGUAGCUGUUGAAGUGAAUUAAUUAUAAAAGAUCAGGAUCAGACUUUGACCCUCAUUUUCUCUGUUGUUUCAAUUGCUUACAGACAAAUAAAAAAAACAAAACAAGCAGCAGUAAUUUUCGUUUAAUUUUCCUCCACGGGUGGAACCAGAUGAAAACAUUACAUGCUCUACUGUCAUUGGAAGCUUUCAUUUUCUCCCGAGCCACGGAUGAAAUCUACCUUAUUGCUGCCUCCCUUCUCGCCCCCAUCUUCCGUAAUGAGAGAAUAUUUCCCCAGAGUGAGAAAGCCGAUCCAAGCUGCACUUUUAGAAACUUUAUUAAACCAACCGAAGCAAUUAUUUUUGUGUUUGCCUUCCUGCUGACGAGUGACGAUCCAUUCAAUAAGGCUGGUAAAUGUUAAUGUGAAAUGAAUUUUCUGUGGAGUUGUGAUCAGUUGUGUGGCCAACAGUAGUUUUAUAUUUUCCAGCAGUGUCAGUUUAGCUGUACAGUCCUGCAGUGAUGUGAAACAGGUUUUACAGCAACAGCUGCAGAAAAUACCCCGACUCAGAGGGAUCGCAUCUUAAUACAAAAGUCUGGCGAGGCUCCAGCUGGGGCAAAAUCUUUUAUUGAAUUGCCCAGUUAGCCUGUGAUCAAACACUGGGGCGGGAGAUUGUGUUCUUCAGCUGACAUUUAUCUAUUUAUCUUUUCAGAGAAAAGGAGAAAAAAUUGUACAGAAAAAAAUCAAUAAGGCUUUAGAAAUGAGACACCGUUGGCUGCAGGCUGAUAGAUGUCUUGUCACACACUUUUACCAACAACUUCAGUGUUGAGCCUGCAGAAAGGCCCGGGAUUCGCCGACAAGUCGAUUAGCUGCUGUGCGACACAGCAGCUUUGGGGGCGAACAGCACAAUCAGGAAAUAACCUGUUGCUGUAGAUUUAAUAUGUGAGGAGAAGCUGAUGCCACCCAACGAUGGUACUUUGGAGAAAUGGUUUCAUACAAAAGGUGAGAAUGUCCCACAACUCAGUAGAAGAAGAAACCGUGUUGUCCUGGCUCUUUAGGAGGCUGACUAAUGUUGGUGUUGGUGCUAUGAUUGAUGUUUGGCAAGAUUUCAGUCUUUUAUUUCUUCUCUAACUCACAUUGGAAAGUCCAGAUUCAUUUAUAAAAGGGUUCAGGGCGGCAGUGGCUCAGGAGGUAGAGCAAUUGGCCAAGAACUGGAAGGUUGGCCGAUUUCCCUCUAUCCUUAGUCUGUCCAUUGUGUUCUUGGGUAAGACACUUAACCCACCUUGCUCCCAGUGUGUGUCCUCCAGUGGUGUAUUAUUGUGAGAGUUGUGAGGUGGUCGGAGAGGCCAUAGGCGCAAACUGGUUGCCAUGUUUCGGUUAGUCUGCCUCAGGGCAGCUGUGACGACUAAGGUAGUUAACCACCACCAGGGUGUGAUUGUGAGCGAUUGAAUGAUGUAUCCACUGUAAAGUGCUUUUUAGGUCACUGACAAAAAGUGCUAUAAAAAUCUGAUGCAUUAUUAUUAUAUUUAUAAAAUGUAAAAUUCAGUAUACAAGAUUUGCUUUCAGUAUUCAAAGUUUAAAACGUAAGCAGCUUCUUAUGGUCCUACUGAAGGGUCGGUCUAAGCUGUGGGUCUGUCAGUCAAAACAGAUGGUACUAAUACGAACUUCAUAGUUGCACAGAAUCUACACAUUAUUUGGUUUCUAGAUUUUAUUGUGUUGAAACCAAAGUCUUCCUGAGUUUUUCAUUAUCUGGGGGAUCCUGUUUUCUUUAGUUUUAACCAAUAAGACUGUCUGGGGCUAUGGCUCAUUCACUACAUAUAAAUACUAGGGCCUGACUGAUAUUUUUUGGGGCUGAUGCCAAUACCAAUUAUUGGGGGGGGGGGGCUCUGAUUACCGAUUAAUUGUCCGAUUUUUAAAAUUUUUUUCAGGUUUUUAAAAUUUUGUUAAUUUAAGUAAUAUAUCUACAUAUUUACUAAUUGUUUUUUUUAAACAAAUGGCUAGUUUUGAGCCUUUCACACACUUAAAGGAAUCGAAUUAAAGGAAGAAAACUCAUUUCAAAUCCUUUUUGUUGCUAAAACAACUAAAAAAGAAUGAGGUAUUUUUUCACAAGUGCAAACAGUUAACUUCCAACUCUUUUGCUCAACAUCCUCUCAAAUAAAUAGCCUAUACAAAUAAACAGAAAUGAAGCCAACUCACGUACAUCAUAAAAAAUGAGGAACUCUCGAUAUACUGUCUGCUACUGCUCUUCACACCGACUGAUCAUCUCAGUAAUAUUCCACUUAGUCAUUAUGAAUCGAACUUGGACCAGAGAAGCGUUUUCAAUCAUAGACAGUGAAGCUUAAUAGACAUGAUUUAGAGGUGACACAUAAUGGAGUCAGGGUCUGUAAACAUAGCUAUCAAUCAGUCUUUUCUUUAGCAUUAAUAAAGUAGUUUAAAACAAACUUCUCUACAAAAAUUAAUGCUUGCACAAAAGUGAGCAUGGCAAGAGUAGACUUUUACUGACAGAAGCAUGUUUGGACAAUUUGACUGUAUUUUAAUCAGUCCAACUUUAACUCAUGUUUCAAUGUGUAAGAUGGUGGAGGUGGAUUUUGUGACCAAUACUGCAGCCAGACACUAGGGGGAGCUCUGAAAGUAGCGGCUUGUGCUGUCCAUGUCACCCUGUCUGCCUGUGUCACCUGUUCCUUCUGAUUUCGUGCUGUCAGCACAAGUGGACAUAUGAUAAUUGAAUGUCUCUACAGUUCAAAGGAUCAUUUCAUCUAAAAAUCCUCCGACACCGAGGAGCGAAAUGUCAAAGCAGAAUUUUUUUUUUUCAUGCAAGAGGCAGCUUUCAUUUUUAUUAGCCGAAGGAAUUGUCUCCAACCGUCAUGAUUCACAGUCGAACAAAGGGCUCAUAAGAGCGAGUGUCCAUACCGCAGAGGCAGUGGGAUGGAGGGAUUCAUCUGAUGUUCCUUCACUUUGAGUAGAAGUUAGUUUUGUGCAUUUAAAUGUGCCGAAAAUCCUCCUGAGAUGUUAUCCCUGAGAGAGCCGCGGCUAACGGCAGAGACACUACUUCUGAAAAAAAGAAUAAAAGAAGAAAGGUCAUUAAAAAUGCUGACUGAUAGCAGCAGUGGUCCUCUCAGACCAAAGCAAAGAUCCAAAUAUAACCAUGCUUUAAUGAAAAAGGCAGACGUGUCAAGAUGACCCAUGCUGAAAUGAAUCAAAUGAACAUCAUGUACGUAAUAAGAUUCUCUAUUAUGACCAGAAAUUUAUACGACAUAUAAGCAGUGUCAUGGUAGCCUUUUAUAUCCCAGCUUUGCUUUCUCUGAAAGAGUGUCAGAUUCAGUGUCAAAGACCCGGCAUGCUUUUCUUUUAAUCAGUCAACUUGACCACAGGGUUUCUCUGAUCCAAAGCAAGGUUCAGUCCUGCCAUUUUUACUGUCUGAAUGUCGAUAGAGGAGAUUUGCGGUGACAACUCUGCUAUGAGAGCUUGAAAAAUCUACAAAUAAAAACCACAGCGGAUAGCAUUUGAACAGUCUUUUUUCAGUGUCAAAUAUCUGGCUGUAAAUUGAUUUAUUCAAACACAAAAUCAACUAAAGACCUGUGAUAAAACAAGCUGAAUAUCCUUGUGUCGUAUGACAGUGGCCCAAAACUUUAGAUCUUGUUGCUCGAACUCUGACGCCGCGCAAAGCCCACAAAGCCAAUCCCCGUCAAUUGUAAAACAGCAUCCAUCAAGCUGUCACUGUGAGAUUGAGGAGUAGCUCCUGCGGAUCCACAAAACAAUAAAACACCCGAAUAAAACACAGCAAGAUUCAAAACACCGAAACGAGGCUGUUGUUGUUUCCUUCGAUCACAGGAUGGACUUGAGAAUAUUUCAGCUGCGGAGUGAAGGGGGAAUCAAGGUUUUUAGUGUCGCUGUUGUUUGUUGCUUUUGUUUUCUAAAUAUAUUUUCAGUUUCGUGCUGUACCAAAGACUUCAAAAAGAGGGAUGGGGUGUAAGAAACAGUUUGAGAUACAGUUUAGUCUGGUUAGCUGUAAGGGAACAAAAGAUUCUCCGCUAAAGUUUCUCUCCUGACCAUGGCGGCAGGUGACUUAAAGAGACGUGUUUUUUUUUCCUCCCGAGGAAUACAGCUUAAACACUCGCAGUGUUAUUUUUAAUCUGUACUAUUUAAUGAGGAUGGUCUUUAAAUAGUAAUUAAUAUGGAAUAGGAUGAACUAAAUGUCAUGAUGGCAUGUCAAGCCUCUAGAGACAUGCCAAGAAAACCCAUCCACCCGUACUCAUUCUCUCAUUAACAACUGUUGCAUUAGCAAACCCAAUUCACACCUUCGCCCAACUCUUCGGCGCAAACCUGCAGUUACCAAGGUAACCACGGGAGAUGUCACAUGUUGCAUCAUCAAGACGAGUCUGAAACAAACGACGACGAGGCCUUGAAGUCACUGACACAGUUAAAAGCUCCCGGCAACAAAACCCGCACACGUGAAAAAGUUGCGGAGGAGUGAAUCACCUUUUAAGUGAAGGUGGAUUUCACUUGAACGUGAUUGCCAGCUGUAGGUCGGCUGUAAGGCUGACAUGAUCCUGGGAAAUGAGAGCUGGGAACACCAGCCAUGCAUUCCCCCAAGGGAAAUGAAGCACUGAAAUGUAUGUAGAUAAUUAUUUCCUCCAAUCUUCCGGCCUUCCCCCCUGCCCUGGUUCUCUGUGAGUGACCUCCGCUGUCCCCCGGAGACUGGUGUCUGUGUGUGUGCCUGUGUCUGUGUGACAGAGGGUGUCAGAACAGUCUCCUAUGGUGAUUUGUUUUCUAAUAUUAGCGGAGAACUUUCAGAGAGUAGAGAAAAAAUCAUUGAAAUAAAUAACACUGUCUGAAAUCAUAAUGAAAUGUUGAUUCAUAUUACGAUGCAGCAGGAUACAAUAAAGUCCAACAUAUUUUAAUAUCUCACAGUAUCUUAUGUAAAGUUGUCUUUGCCCUGGAUUCUGCAUGCAAUGAGCUGUUUUUAAAGUUGGACGAAUACAUAGAAAUACCAAUGAGAGCCAUUAAUGACACAUUUUCACAAUAAAAGUAUGAAAUGAGAUAUGAACAUAAUGUUUUAUAAUUCUUCCGCUCAUAUUUGAUACUUACUUUUAUGAUACUUCUAUUAAAUCAAUCAACAAAUAACUAAAAAGGCACCUAAAUACAGUCCGAUAAAUGAUAAACAUGUCCUCUUGUGGUUUAUCAGUUUCCAAAAACAUCUAAUGUAUCUAACUAGAUAAAUAUACAUAUUUGUUAAAUUUUAAGGACAUUAGUUAGUAAAUUAAACACUUAAGCUCCAAAAAAAGUAAAUUUUCUGGCCUUAUUUUGUGAAUUUCAGGCAUUAAAGUGUUAAUGAAGAACUCAAAGUGCUGAAUUUAUAUAAAGAAUUAUUUAAAAGGCAUUCAGGCUAAAUAAAGUAUCUCUUGUUGAUUCAUUUUAUAUGUGAUAUUCAUUCGCUGUCUACAGUCUUGUUUGCCGUGCCGCGUCACAUCCCAUAAAUACCAAUGUCUUUCAGACCUGUUAAAACUUAACCAAAUGGCAAAUCCAGUCUAAACAAUUCAUGGAGUCUUGAAGGUUGAGCGGCAUACGGGGUGAGGGAUGAUGACGGGCUCCUCGUGACAUGGCAGCAUCGUGAAUAUUUCCACCGGUGCGAGGUUGAAGGGUCAUCCAUCUUUCUGCGGAGACAGGAAGACAAAUAGGCUGACACUCUGCUGUGAGUGGCUGUCAUACAUCUAUCUCAUCAUUACCGAGCUGCUGGGGACCGGCACCCCAUCAGCCCGUGUCACACCGCCAGCGUUUUCACUCAGCUGCCGUUCGCAGGAUCAGAUGCUACAACAAUAGAUGAGAGCCGCUUCACGUGUUUGGAAUCCUAACAGGGAUUUGUCUUCGGAGUUUGGACUUUGGACAGCAUGACUCAAAAGUUUAUUUGUUUGGUGCACAUUUAGAGACAGAUUGUAAGAAAGUUUUGAAGACUUAUUCGCCACAAAUCAGCUGAUCUUUGGAUUUUUAGUCAACAGUGGACAGACAGGCUACAUGAGGAAGCACACGGGUGUUUUUGAUGAAAAUAUCCAACAGGAUCAUGGUUAAAGUAUCUAAAAUAUGUCUAUAAUUGCAUGUCUUUUCAUGUCUUAUCAAAGAUGCUUUUAUAUGGCAAGUUUAGUUCAGAUCUGACUCUCAAAGAGGGAUCUUUUUCAUUCAUUUUAUUAAACUUUUCAUUGGUUUGAUUUGGCAAUUUGAAACAUUUCUCUCGCUUUGCUCACUUGAAAGAUUUUUUUUUGUGACAUUUUGACCAAAGAAUUAAUCAAUCAGUCUUCAAAGCAAUUUACAGUUAGUCACAACUUUCUGUUUUUGGCUCUUUUGGUAACAUCUAGUCAAAAGUGGGUAGCGAAAAAAAAAACAUCAGAACUUCAGUGACUCCCCCCUAAAACCCCUGACCCCCGGAGGAAACAGCAGGCAGAACAUGGCUAAAAAUGGACCGGAGCUCUGAGGGUCGAUCCGAGCCACAGGCCCAUCAGUGGGCAUAUCCUGUCGUCUUGAUCGGUUUCCUUUCUGGUUGGCUACUUGGUGUAAUCACCAGGUGCAAAGAAAUCUCAUUAUCCCGGGUCUUGAACUUGGCGUUCUGGACUGAAUAGCAACUACGUUCAGCUGGUGUAUUAAAACUUUGACCCAGGCAUUAAUUGGGCAUGACUUGUUUUCGUGCGCGCGCUGAAAGGGCGAGGGGGGUUUUCACUGUGAGGGAUAGUCCUCCCCACGGCAGCUGGUGGGCAGUGUGGGCAGGGCACCCGGGGACGAUGGGGGUCUAUGGUUCAUAAACAUGGUUCACAGGUCAAAGGCGUUAGUAGCUUUUUUUCUCCUCCCUUUGCUUACCCGACUUGUAGAGCCUCCUGUAUUGGAAUACUAAUGUAAGUUUAAUUUAUUGCUUAAAAUGAAAUGCCUAUUUAAUCCUCAGUAAUACUGACUCGAGUAUGAAAGGCCAAUAAAAUUCAUUAAGAGAAAGAAGGCAAUAACAAUGCUUUGCUAUUAAGCUGAGGCCUUGGAAAGGAAGAGCCAAAUACUGAAAUUACUGUACUGUGGCUUCAUGUGGAUGUGUGUGUGUGAGUGUAUGAGAGCGUCUACAGCAAGGCCUAAGGAGCAGACACGGUUGCCCCUCGAGAUUAGAGUGCAAUAAAGGAGGAUGAACGCAUCCGGAAAGCUCCAGAACGCGCUCCAGACAUCGCCUUACUGGAAAUCAAUCCUCUUGGUCAGGCCCCCUGCGUGCCGGGUUUAAGUGGAAGUGAUGGCGGGAGGAGGAGAAGGAGCCGAGUGAAGAAAAGAAGAGGAGGGGGAGGGAGGAAGGGAUCGAGGAAGAGGUGGAAGAGGGAGGAGAAGGAGCUGAGUAAAGAAAAGAAGAUGAGGGGGAGGGAGGAAGAGGUGGGAGAGGGAGGAGAAGGAGUCGAGCAGCUGAGUGAGAGGUCUGAUUGAAAGCAUUCUGGUCAGCUGGAUUAGCAGGCUGCUCUCAGCGCUCAGGUCUGAGGAGAGGUCAGUGUGAGCUGAGGGGACAGGAGGGCAUGAAGGCGGCCGCUUGUUUGUUUUUUAGCACUCAUCUGAGGCUGAGAUUCAUUGAACGGCUGAGCUCCAAACGCCAAUAUCUCUGCGAGUUUAAUAGCACUCAGAGGUGAGUCAACUCUCUCUGAAAGGUGAGAAGAAAGUAUAAAGAUUAUAUUUUUCUUUUCUCUUUAAUCUGUCGGAGAAACUUUCUCCUGCCAUUUAAUUGGCGAGCUUGUUAAGGAGGGGUUAAGAGCGCCAAAGGUCAACAAUCACAUCAACAGAGCCGUGGUGAAAGCUGGCAAACAAAAAGGUUGACCAAAGUGUAAAUUAGUCUCGCCUCUUAUCAGAACAAUAGCCAUUGUUCUGUGUUGUGAAUGUGUCAGAUGUGUCAAAAGUGUGAAUCACACACUACUCUAUCACUGUGAGGAGUAAAAGUUCCCACUCCAAACACACAGUAAGAGAACACUCAGAAGAUGUGGGUGCUCGUCCAAAAGGAGGGAUCUGCUGUGGAGGUGUCUCUCUUACACACACACACACACACACACUGUACAAAACACACAUCAGAGUGGGCAGUGUCGUCUCAUUUUUUAAGUUUUUAUUGAUGUGCCUUUAAUCACCAAGAGGAAAUAAGUGACAGAUUUGUCUUGGUGACUUUAGAGUACGGACAUAUUGACGACUUGAAGAGUUUCACACUGCAUACUGAUGCUUGAAAUGUUAGACAAGGACAGCAGCAAAGGACGACAGAUAGAAAUGGAUACUCGCUGUUUAACUCAAAUAGUGAUCUGGCUGCUGUCCCUCAAAGCAUUACUACAAAUUACCAUCAAGACAAACAACUCUGCCACUCAGUGUCUAUUGAAUUAAUUCAACCCAAGCCCCUAAAAAUUGUAAAGAGAGUGUCCUUAACCUGGCGUUGUGUAUUUAAUCAUAAGACAACAAGGGAGGCAUGGAUAAAGCCGAAUAAACUUGCAGAUCCCUUGUAAUUACAGUACCGUAUCUUUCGCACUAUAAGGCGCACCAUCAAUUAAUGCGUCUAUUUUCAUACAUGAGGCGCACCGGAUUAUAAAGCACAUUAAGCCAAACAAAACAGUCAGAUAAGUCAAACUUUAUUUAACUCAUUCAAUAACUCCGCAAGGUUACGGUAGCUGCAGCGCUCCGACAAGCCAAAAGGAUUUUAAGUGCGCCUUACAGUGCGAAAAAUACGGUAUUAGUGAAACGAAGCAAUAACAUUGUAACGCUGAAAUGCAAUUAUGUAGCAUUUCAUUUCAUAUACUGUAUUUUUUGGGCCAUAAUGUCACAUAUAAGGCGCACUGGAUUGUAAGGUGCAUUAAGCAAAACAACACAGUCCGGUAAAUCAAACUUUAUUUAACUCAGUUGUAACAACAAAUACCGGUACAGAAAAAUACACUCACUUAUUGAUUCAUUCCUCUUCCACAAAUCAUCGAAUUCUUCAUCUGAAGUGUCUGAAUUAAACAGCUGUGCGAUUUGGGCAUCAAGCAUGCUCAAAUCCCUCUCGUCAUUAUCCGAGUCAGUCUUGUUUCUGUCACCGGUACUUGGCUGUUCAGUGAUGAUUCCAGCUUUCGUUAAAGCUCAGACGACAGUUACCGUAAUGCUCCAAAUAUCCAUUGCGCGGAGCGGUUUUUGUUUCUUACCGAAGUCGUACUUACACAUUUCGACAGAUUUUUUAAGGGCAUUGUACCGCAUAAAAUCGGUCAGUAAGCACAAGUAAUCAUACAUCAGGCGCGCUGGAUUAUAAAGCGCACUGUCAAUUUUAUAGAAAAUUUAAGGAUUUUAAAUGCGCCUUAUAGUCCGAAAAAUACGGUACUUCAAUUGAAAUGAGAUGAAAUUAUAGGUUAGCUGCUUUUCUAGAUUUGUAGUACAGACACCUGCCCCAUCUCUGCCACCUGGAUUGAAAUAAGCACAGACGAGACGUGGCAUUGUGAAGUGAACUGGGGUGGUUGAAUUUUUAUCUAAAAGUGUAUCUUUAGUGUAGGCUGUGUAAACUGGUUAAACUGGCAUAUAACCGGCUGGAGCAGACAUAACCAGUAUAGGCAUGUAAAAAUGAACUGGUGCUGGUGGUGUGAGCUUUGUUAGUAUCAGGCAUGCUUAGCAAACCAGUCUUACCAACUGAUAGUAAGAAAUCGGUGAAGAUUGUAGGGGUGUCCCGAUACAACAUUUUUACUUCCGGUACGACACCGAUAUUGUAGCUUUCAGUAUUGGCCGACACCGAUAUUCAUCCAAUAUUGGCACAAAAUUGUGCAUGACAAGUUUUGCACACAGCUGCAACAUCCAGACUUUAACAAAAAAUUCUGCCAUACGGCUGACAUCACUCGUACUCCUUGCUACUUUGUUAGUACCGUAGUACACACUGUUGUCGUGAUUACAUGGGCUCUGCAUGCUGGGUCCAGGUGCUGCUAGAUAGAGGUGCUGGAAUGGAGCCUUGAAUGGACUGCUUUAUUGGAGUGCUGAUAUUUGAGAUCUGAAAUGCAGGCCGAUAUGAUCAUAUACUAGUUUUUUUUGCAGGUAUCGGACUGAUAUCCGAUAUCAAUAUCAGAUCAGGACAUCCCUAGUAGAUUGAGGGGUGAGGUUUGGAUGAGUCAUGGAUCCUGAGUCAAAAACAGUUUCCUAUUAAACCCCUCAGGUUUAAACUGAUGCCUGCAAAUGUCUUGUUUUAUUCCCCAAGGCCAAUGGUAUGACUAUGACUGUAGUACUAGUAUUAGACAGUGAGUAAUUCUUAGACUGGUUUUAAUUGUCUUAAUAAAUGAGUUUAAGUUUAAGUGGAAUCAUUUUCUGUCCAUCUAUUGAUCAUUCAACUCAUCGUUAAAGCUGUUAUAAAGCUUAAUACAUGCAGUUCCCACCAUUACUGGAAAGUAAAGAAUAUCAUUUAGGUAAUAGCGUCCUCUAUAAACCCAGACAAAUUGUUCCCCGAUGUAAUACAACCAAUAAUGUUUUCCGUUUCUGGUUUCAUAUGACUCUCAGCGACAAAACCGCUUCCUUUAUGUUGACUCAUCGUCUCAUCCAAACACAGAGCACUUUAACGGAGCAUAAAUGAUUGUGGUAUUUGUUGUUUUCUAAUUAAAUUCCAUGAGGCUGCCUCCCCUACAAUUUUAUAGCCCUUAAUGGAUGACAAAAUGUCAACCUUGGCAUUAUGAAAAAUCGCAGUAAUCGGAUCAGUUAUUGCACGAACGUUUCCACCUAUGAUGGUAAUUUUUAAGUCUAUACCCAGAUCAGGGCCUUUGUUUGCAUGCACCAUUGUUAGUGGUUGUAUAGGGAAGGUCACGCUAUGAUUUUCAAGUGUGUUAUUAUUUUGCAUAGUUCAGUAAAUAAAGAUUUGAUUGAUAAGAAAGACGUAUAAAGUGCUGCUAAAAAGUGAUUAAGGUAUGUGGUUGAGAGAAAAAGGGACAGAGAAGUGGAGAAAAGUGUGUGAGUGUGUCAUGUGUGUUGGAAAUAAAGUGAUCAAAGAUUCCUCAUGCACCAUACUGAGGUUUAUUCAUAAGCCAAGCCGUUGCUUGUCAAUUGACCAGGGCCACUUAGAGCUCCCAGGAAAGAAAUGAUCCAUGUCUCCAUAUGAAUAGAGGACCACAUGUUGCCGAGUCAAUGCUUUGCUAUUGAAACAGCGGACAAAGACUUCCCUGUAAGGCAAGAAAGCCUGACCUUCAACACAUCACAACUCUUUCAGCGAGCUGUAAAGAGCUCCGUCAGUCAGUCUGCUCUUACGUCUGUGCGCAUGAAAGCACAGGAAAAUAUAUUUCUGUUAUAACCAAGGUCUUACAACUUGCGUGUGCCAAAGUAUUGCUCUGCUGAUGCACAAUUUCAUUUAGAAGAUUCUACCGCCACCUGUUGCACAUAUUUUACUUCAUACCACAGCUCCAAUUAUUUUUAUUCCUUUUGAAACUGCGAUUUAGAAAAAUACUGAAGCAAUUUGUAUUUCUCUGAAACAUUAUUUUGAUGCUUUUAAAGAGUUAACUUAAGUAACCUUUUUUUCCCCUCAGUUUGUUGCCCAUUUAUCUUUUGCACUUCUUGCACAAGCAUCUCUUAAAAAUAAACCAUCUCUAUUGUAUGAUCUAUUCCAUUUAUCAAUAUUUUGAAGUGCAGCUGCUCUUAUCUUUAGAUACUAUUUUCCAUUUCCAUCCUGCAGUUAUGCACCAAAAAUACCAAAACCUAAUCCUGUAAAUCCACUCAGCACUGAAUCACAGCUCUGAUUCUUUUUGAGUUUCAUUGAAGAGUAAGCAAGAAACAUUCAAAAGCACACUUUUUUUUUUUUCAAAUAAAACCAACAUUAACCUUCACUAUGCUGCUCAACACUCAAGUGUCCAUGCCUCAUCUCUCAAUCCUUAAGCUUCUGAAUACAUCACCUCUUUGACCUCAGCUGGCUUAAUCUCAUAUUCCAGGUAUUACCAGAGAAAGAGAAGCAGUGGAAUACAACAGUGUAUUUGGCCUGUGGUUUGUGUUGCAUCCAAUGAAUCUUCUCUCAGCCUCCCUUUGGCCUGAGUUUAGCCGGCUCAGGCGAUGAUUUGCUUGAGGCGAGCGCUCAGGGAAGAGCCUCAGGCAGGGCCGAGCACAUCAAACAGCAGAGAAACCGUGAUAGAGAGAAGAGCAUGGGAAACCUGUCAUCAAUCAUAACUCCACCAGGGCACUGCAGGAAUCCAGGCUCUCAGAGAUUGUUGUGAUGACUGCUUAUCACUAUUGCAUGAAGGAAGUAUGAUGCAUGGCCUGACAAUGGCACAUGGGUUGGAAGUGUUCUCAUAAAAAUAUCUGCAGCUGCAGUGCUCUUGUCAGAGUCAAGUUUUCGGCCCAACGCAUAAAGAAUUUGAACAAGCUAAAGGGUUUAAAAUAUUUAAACGUGCACCUGACAACUGGGCAAUUAAAGAGUGCUGGUGUGGUUUUAUGUCUCCACAGGGCUGACGCUGGCAAAUGAAAACCACUGUGUUCUGACGCCCUGCCAUGGCCUCUUGACAGUCCACCCCCGUGUAGAUGGGUAG